AUGACUACUGCAAUGCAAGAGGGAGUCAGGCAGCCCGAAAAGACGGAGCGGCGAGCGGCGACCGUAGCCUGUACCAUGUGCCGGCGGAAAAAGAUCAAAUGCGAUGGAGAAAAACCAAUAUGCUCUAACUGUCAGCUUUACCACGCCGAAUGUAUUCCUGGUCAAGAUCGGAGGAGGCGGAGCUUCAAUGUGCAGGCACAGGAUAACUCUACGCUGGGGGCUCUUCCUGUCGUGGAUAGCAUUCAUUUACCACCAGAAACCCGGGAGAUAUUGUCUGCGCACGCUGGCAUCGCGGCUAAGGAUCAGCCAUCGAGUCUAGAUCAUGAAGUCCAGGACCACUACCACUACUCAAGCUUCGAUACCGGGAUGGACUUCAAUUUCAACGAUACUGAGACAGGCGAUGCAUGGGGAGGAGACCAAACGCGAGAUUUUCAGCUUCCCGGGCGACCCAAUGCUAUUGGCGACUGCUACUCGGUCAACCCUCUCGAAACGCUGGAUCAAGAUCUACUAGAUGAAGUCGACAAUGCAGCCAUUAGCGCCGCAGUGAUGGAGUCGCUGUCGAACGAACGGAACACUUUCGUCGACUUCCUCAACACCACUCCUCGACAGCCGCCGUGGCGCGAUGAUGCGACGACCAGUACCGAACGUGUCAGGACGUUCUCAAAUAACCAAGAUCCUCCCAACAAUAUCUUUGAAGAUAGUGUCGAUGACGAGCUUACAACGAAAUUGACCUGUCGAUAUGGCUCCCUCAAAAUUACAGACAACGGACAGCUAAGAUACUAUGGUGUCACGAGUAAUUUGCAUAUGAUGGGUGAUGAGAUUGCCUCUGUAUUUCAACCAACUGUGCGGAACCCCAGAAAAGACGCUGAAGAGGUUCUCAGGCAGACAGGAUAUGACUGGGAGCCCGAUCCCGUCCUCGAAAACCAUUUACUGAACCUGUACUUCGCCUGGCAUCAUCCGAUAAUGCAAGAAAUGGAGCGAGACCUCUUCUUUCGGGAACGCGAGGCCUUCAUGAACGACCAAGAAACCUCCUUCUAUUCUCCAGCCCUGGAGAAUGCAAUGCUUGCCGUGGGAGCCAUGUACGCAGGACCCGAUGAUGAAAAGAUCAACUCGAACUCGUCGACUUUUUUCGCCACGCGAGCAAAAACCUAUCUCGAUAUUGAGCUGGAUAGCCCUACAAUUGCCACUGCCCAGGCAAUUCUCAACCUUUCAGGCUUCGAAGCCGCCCAAGGACAGGAUUCCCGUGGCUGGGUAUAUGCGGGAAUGAUGGCCCAAGUUGUGACCGAUCUUGGAAUUCAUGUCAGCUCAGAGGUGGACUCCAGGUACCUUAGCAACGCCCUCUCGGCUAGAGAGGUUACCAUCCGACGGAAGAAUUUCUUUUGGGCUGCUUUCACUGCCUCAGUAUUCUGGGGCUUUUAUAGUGGCCGCCCGUCUCUGUUGUCAAGUAUAAAACAUAACGUGUCAAGUCCCACCUCAACGGGCGUUUACAAAUGGACGGCAUAUGGUGUUGCUGGAGAGUCAGUUCGACCACUAUCACGUCCCGGCGGCGACCUAUUGGGUUUGAUUCCAGCAUGUUUUGCUCAACUAGCGAUGAAGAUGGGAACCAUCGCCGCCCUUCUGUAUACUGGAGUGCAUUCACCGAUCGACGACGUUCGGACCUUUGCCCAAUCCAUGUCUGCAGAGUUGGAAGACUGGUACGCAACGCUGCCUCCGGCUCUGCAGGUAGACACUACGUCAGAUUCAAUUCCGGACAAGCAGAAAGAAGAUCCGAUGCCGGUCGUCAUCCAGCUUCAUAUUCAGUAUCAUGCUGUAAUAAUUCUUCUGCACCGGCCCUUUGUCAGCGACAUGGCGUCUCCCAGAGCGCAGAGCGAGGCCACCCUGGACGCUUGUCAGACGUGCACACGCUCCGCGGUCGCCAUCACCCGCUUGCUGCGCAUCUUUCGGCGGCGCCAAAGCUGGCGCUAUGUUCAUCUUCAAUCUGUCCACAACACCACGAUCGCUGGAGUGGUGCAUGCAUAUGAUACCUGCAUGUUUCCUGGUGAAAGGGGAAGACAGGCGCAAGAAGGUCUCAGCAUUUGCGUACAAGCCUUAGGAGAGAUGGCUCAAUCUUUUAAGAGCGCCAUGCGCGGCUAUGAGGUGAUCUCGGCCGUGAGGAGAGAAUGGCAGAUGCGAAGGUGGAAACAAGCUGGAGAAAAAAGACCACGGGGGAUGCAUCGCAGCUUCUGA